CGCGGCGCCUCUACUCCGAUCAGAUUGAUUAUACCUAAACACAUUAGUAACUAACUCAUUUGAAUCGUCUUCUUCGUUCUUUCGAUUCACCCAUUUACUUGAUUCAUUGAAUUUUUGUUGGUUUUUGCGUAUGCGCAUGGCUGCCGGAGAUCUGUCGGUUAUCCUGCCUCGUGUCCUCAUCGUCUCCCGACGAAGCGUCCGCAAGAACAAAUUCGUCGAUUUCGUCGGAGAAUAUCAUCUGGAUCUGAUCGUGAGCUAUGGCGCCGUGCCGGUGAUCGUGCCGCGGGUGAGCGGCGUCCACAUGUUGCUGGAAAGUUUCGAGCCGAUCCACGGCGUGCUUCUCUGCGAGGGCGAGGAUAUCGAUCCUUCUCUCUACGAAUCCGAUCUGUCGCCGCUCUCCUCCGACGAGCUCGACGAGAUCCGGCGGGUGCACGCCGGCGACACCGCCAUCGACAGGGAAAAAGACACCAUCGAAUUAGGGCUUGCCAAGCUCUGCCUGGAGAGGAACAUUCCCUAUUUAGGGAUCUGCCGUGGCUCCCAGAUCCUCAACGUCGCUUGCGGCGGCACUCUCUACCAGGACAUAGCCAAGGAGCUCUCCAAGAACCUGCCGGAAACCGAGAGGGUUCUGCACAUGGAUUACGACAACUACGACGGCCACCGCCAUCCUGUCCGGGUAGUGGAGAACACGCCGUUGCAUCAAUGGUUCGCGCGAGAUCAUACCUAUUUGUCGUCACCAACGGAAAUGGAGAUUCGGGUUAACAGCUACCACCAUCAAGGGGUGAAGAAGCUGGCUCAGAGGUUCGUGCCUAUGGCAUUCGCCCCCGACGGCCUAAUCGAGGGGUUUUACGAUCCCGACGCUUAUAAUCCGGAAGAGGGCAAGUUCAUUAUGGGGCUUCAGUUUCAUCCGGAGAGGAUGAGGAAGCCCGAUUCCGAUGAGUUCGACUAUCCCGGAUGCCCUUCUGCUUACAAGGAGUUUGCAAAAGCUGUAAUUGCCUAUCAGAAAAGGCUAAACAGUUUGACAAGCGUGGCGAAGCCUCUAAAGCUGGAUGCAGAAACGGAGAAGCAAAGGAAGAUGAUCGUGAGAAGCUUUUCGCUGGCAAGAAACUUGUACGAAGGAGGGCAUAAGAUCAGUUCGUCUAAGGAAUCGGAGCUGGAGGCAGGAGCAGAGUUUCUUGAGUCGAAUACAGCACUGAGCUUGCAGCAAGAGACGAGACUGAAGCAGGUGGGGGCGACGGUGAGGAACGCGUUCUGGUACAUGGAGAAAGUGAAGGUGAAGGAGCAGAAGGAGAGGUUAGCCCGGAGCAUGAUGGGGAAGAUGUCUGUGGAUCAGCUCUCGGACCUCAUGUCCUUUUACCACAUGAUGGCCCAGAUCUGUUCCGACAUCUUGGACAGGAAGCUCCAUGGGAUUGUCAACACCUGACACUCAUCAACUACAUGACCUAAUUAGAAAGUUGAUAUUAGAAAGUUGUCUGUCAAGUCACAGGAGGAGGAGACUUCUUGUGAUGUGCCUUUGCUGCUUUUCCUUUUAUUUCUUCCAUUUGUCUUAAUUGUGUGUGUUUCAGCUAGCUCGCUAAUCACAAGAAAACUUUGUGUAUUAAUUACUAUUGUUCAUAUCCAUCAACUAAUUGGUUGGGAAUA